AUUGGGAAUUUGGGAUUAGCAGAUACAAACUACUAUAUACAGAAUAGAUAAACAACAAUGUCCUACUGUACAGCACAGGAAACUAUCUUCAGUAUAUUGUAAAAAACCUAUAAGGAAAAAGAAUAUGAAAAAGAAUCUGUAUGUAUGCAUAACUGAAUCCCUAGGCUGUACACCAGAAACUAACAUCAACUAUACUUCAAUUAAAAAAAAAACUGCAGGCGGGUUCUCUUACAUCGACUGCUUAAGAGUCGUGCUGUAAGAAGCAACAACCUCUCCUCCUCCUCUAUGCCAUCUCCUCGGCAGCCGCAAAACAGCAACUAUGCGUGAGUGCAUCUCCAUCCACAUUGGCCAGGCUGGUGUCCAGAUCGACAGUGCCUGCUGGGAGCUCUACUGCCUGGAACACGGCAUCCAGCCCGAUGGCCAGAUGCCAAGUGACAAGACCAUUGGGGGAGGAGACGACUCCUUCAACACCUUUUUCAGUGAGACAGGCGCCAGCAAGCAUGGGCCCAGGGCAGUGUUCGUAGACCUGGAACCCACAGCCAUUGAUGAAGUUUGUACUGGCACCUACCGCCAGCUCUUCCACCCUGAGCAGCUCAUCACAGGCAAAGAAGAUGCUGCCAAUAACUAUGCCCGUGGUCACUACACCAUUGGCAAGGAGAUCACUGACCUUGUCUUGGACCGAAUUCAGAAACUGGCUGACCAGUGUACAGGUUUUCAGGGCUUCUUGGUUUUCCACAGCUUCGGUGGGGGAACUGGUUCUGGGUUCACCUCCCUGCUGAUGGAACGUCUCUCUGUCGAUUAUGGCAAGAAGUCCAAGCUGGAGUUCUCCAUUUACCCAGCCCCCCAGGUUUCCACAGCUGUAGUUGAGCCCUACAACUCUAUCCUCACCACCUGCACCACCCUGGAGCACUCUGAUUGUGCCUUCAUGGUAGACAGCGAGGCCAUCUAUGGCAUCUGUCGUAGAAACCUCGAUAUUGAGCACCCAACCUACACAAACCUGAAUAGGUUGAUAGGUCAAAUUGUAUCCUCUACCACUGCUUCCCUGAGGUUUGAUGGAGCCCUGAAUGUCAAAUUGACAGAAUUCCAAACCAACCUGGUACCCUAUCCUCGCAUCCACUUCCCUCUGGCCACAUAUGCCCCUGUCAUCUCUGCUGAGAAAGCCUACCAUGAACAGCUUUCUGUAGCAGAGAUCACCAAUGCUUGCUUUGAGCCAACCAACCAGAUGGUGAAAUGUGACCUUCGCCAUGGUAAAUACAUGGCUUGCUGCCUGUUGUACUGUGGUGAUGUGGUCCCCAAAGAUGUCAUUGCUGCCAUUGCCACCAUCAAGACCAAGGGUACCAUCCAGUUUGUGGACUGGUGCCCCACUGGCUUCAAAGUUGGCAUUAAUUACCAGCCUCCGAUGGUGGUACCUGGUGGAGACCUGGCCAAAGUACAGCGAGCUGUGUGCAUGCUGAGCAACACCACCGCCAGUGCUGAGGCCUGGGCUCGCCUGGACCACAAGUCUGACCUGAUGGAUGCCAAGCGUGCCUUUGUUCACUGGUAUGUGGGCGAGGGCGUGGAGGAAGGAGAGUUUUCUGAGGCCCGUGAGGACAUGGCUGCCCUUGAGAGGGAUUAUGAGGAGGUUGGUGUAGAUUCUGUUGAAGGAGAGGGAGAGGAAGAAGGAGAGGAAUACUCAAGUUAAAAUGUCACAAAGGUGCUGCUUUUACAGGGAAGCUUAUUCUGUUUUAAACAUUGAAAAGUUGUGGUCUGAUCAGUUAAUUUGUAUAUAGCAGUGUAUACUCUCAUAUACAAUUAUUGACCUAUGCUUUAAAACACAACACUUUGUUACAGGCCCAAGCUAUCCAUUUCUCUGAUGGAUUUGAAUAAAUUAUUCCCUGUCUUAAUAAAAAAAAAAAACUGCAGACCAGUAUCCUUCAAGAGCAUAGAUACAAAGAUCCUCAGCAAAGUAUCAGCAAAACAAAUCCAGCAACAUAUGUAAAGAAUCAUGUACUGUGACCAUGUGGGGUUUAUUCUAGGUAUGGAAGGCUGCUUCAAUGGUUUGAAAAUCAGUUAAUGUAAUCCACCAUAUCAACAGGCUAUGGCAGGAAAAAAUAAUCACAUAAUCUUGUCAAUUGAUGCAAAAAAAUCAUUUGACAAAAUUCAACACCGAUUCAUGAUAAAAACUCUCAGCAAGGUAGGAAUAUAGGGGAAUUUCUCUAUCUUGGUAAAGAACAUCUACAGUUAACAUCACACUAAAUGGUGGGAGACUGGAUGCUUUCUUGAGAAAAGAGAUAAAAGGCAUCUGUAUUGGAAAGGAAGAAUAAAGCUGUUUUUGUUUGCAGCUGACAUGAUUCUCUACGUAGGACAUCCCAAAAUCUACAAAAUAACUCCUGGAACUAAUAAGUAAAUUCAGCAAGAUCACAGGAUGCAAGAUCAACAUACAAAAAUUGUCAUUUCUACGUAUGACCUAGCAGUGAACAUAUGGAAACCCAAACACAAUACCAUUUAUAAUCACUCCUAAAAAAAAAUUGAAACACUUAGACAUAAAUCUAACAAAACAUGGACAUGGUGUGUGUGCUGAAACUACAAAAUGUUGAUGAAAGUAUUCAAAGAAGAUCUAGAUAAAUGGAGAGGUAGAUACUGUGUUUGUGAAUUGGAAGAGUCAACAAGGUAAAGAUGU